GCAAACCUUGGACUCUUGUGUAGCAGAGCGAGUUUUUUGUGUAUCACAGCGAACGUGUUGCUCCGGGUUGCUUUGUGGUUGUGUCAUUUGACAGACCGGUGUUGUGUUAGUGUGCUCAAUGUGAUUUAAAGGGGCGUGUGCGUGUGCUGGUGUCCUCGGAGAGCCGUGACGUCCCGCCGCCGCCUAGCAUCCCCAGCUAGCCUGUUAGCUUCCCCAGCUAGCCUGUCAGCUUCCUGUCAACACAACCGGGGCCGAGUCGAACCAUGAAUUCGGUCCAGAGCAGACCUUUGCCGCCGAACCUUCGCGACGACGAGACGCUGCUGGUGGAGAACGCCAUCCGGCUGGCGAUCGACUCUAUCCUGAACGUGUUGUCCGGGGUCCAGGGCGCCAGGACCCGCGAGCACCAGCGGACGGUGGCCGACAGGGACAAAGAGAUCCGCCGGCUGGACCGCAGGCUCCGGGGGAUCGAACACGAGCUGCAGGUGCUCCGGCGGCAGGGAUGCACCUGCUCCUCGGGGUUCGGAGACGAGCUGGGCCCCGGGGGGUCGCACACCUCCUCCGGGGACCGGCAGAGGGGCGAGCGGGGCGGGUUCGAACCCGGAUGCCUGGACCCUGAGGUGACAGCCGGGCAGCAGGAGUGUGAGAUGAGCAUUUCCUUGGGUCUUUUUGCGAGACCCCUCUCACACGUCUCCUCCCAGAGCCCAGAGUCGGCUCCUCUGUCGUCCCCCGGCAGAUUGUGCCUGGAGCAGGCCUGCGCCUCCCUCUCCUCAGAGACUUCGGGUGUGUCGGAGGCAGCCAGACUUCUGCCCUCACCUCCCAGCAGCCUCGUGGUCAAAGAAGAGCCGUGUGACAUCGACGCAGUUUUAAUCAAGAUGGAAAUGAGCGAGGACAGAUUCGGGGAGUGUCAGGAGAGCACAGGAAGUACAUGUCAGGACGAAGACGGCCUCGCUGUAAAAAAAACACCGGACGGCCGAGAGAGAGCAAACUUCCGGGAGGAACCUCAAGCCGACGAAGAUGGAAACCAAAUCACAGAUGGAGAACACCUGAGGAUCAUGAAGAAGGGCGUGCCGAUGUCCCAGCUGACGGAGGAGGCUCAGAGACUGAAGCGGGCGGCGUGGAGAGCAGCGUCCAGGCGCUACUACGCCCGGAAAGUAGCCCGACAGAAGCCAAACCCCUCACGCUGCAACCCCUUCCCCCACAUGUCGGCCUCGCAGUAUUCACAGCCUCUCUCCUUCAUGGACAAGAAGAGGAGGACGCUGAUAUCUCAUCUACCCGAAGACUCUCAGCUGACGCAGAGGGAGGCGUGGAGAGCCGCGUCCAGGAGGUACUACGCCCGGAAAACUGCCCGUCCCCAGAUGGACCACAUGCAGUACGGACACUUGCUCCAGAACCCGGAGCCGUCAGGAGAGACACAGGAUGAAAACACUGCAUGUGUGUACAAAUGCAUUAAUAUAUUCUGAGGCAAUAUAAAGCCACUGUAUCAGUGCAGUGCCCCCUAGAGCGCAAGAUCUGUAACUACAAUCAGCUGCAAUGCUUAAAUUAUAAACUCAACAUCUUUGUAUUAAUAACAGGUGAAAGAAGCAAUAUUAGAUUUGUUACUGUUAAAAGCUUGUAAUUUUUGUAACAUGUUAAAUAAUAAAUUAUUGAAAUAC